AUGUUUCCACGUUCCUCAUCCACGUCUUCUUGUCGUCAAUCAUUGAAUGAAAAUCAUCUGUUGCCUCAUUAUGAAUCUCUACAAAAUCUCCAUCAAGGCCAACGACAAAAAACUUCUCAUCCUUUGACUCUCGAUAAUAACCAUCUCAACUUACCCGUCGUUCCUGAUCCAAUCAAAGAAAAUGCCACAGUCAAAACUGAACAUCUCGUAGUAAACGAGAAAAAAGCUGAUCAACUUCGACGAACAAUCGUCCAAGAUGAUAUGGAAAACAUUCAAGAACGUCUCAAUGAAAUGCUCAUCGCAGUUCCUUCAAUAAAUGAAAACGAAAAGCAAUUUUUGAAACAAGAAAAAUCAACGAAUGAAUAUUUUACACCGAAAGUUUCGAUUGGAGAUGAAGACGAAGAACAAUUUGAUUUAACAAACAAUGAAAUCGAUUCAGCAACACAUCCAUUUUUCGACGUUUUGACCACAACAACGUAUGAAAAAGAAGUUAUGAAAUAUUUACUCAAUUUAGAAUCACAUUUUAUGACUGAUAAUGACAAAUUACGUUCAGCGAAACGUCUUCGAGAAUCCACCAAUACUUUAAAACCAAUUGAAGGUAUUCCAACACCAGGUUGUCAUUCUUCAGUUAUCAUCACGUCGAAAGUUCGAUGCAAACUUAUUGAUUGGAUGAUAUCUGUUCAUGAUUAUCAUCGAUUGAAUGCAGCGAUUCUUUGUCGAACAAUUCAUCUCAUCGAUCGAAUUCUACUUUUAAAUGAUCAAAUGACUAAACUUGAUUUACAAUUACGAGCAGUCAAUUGUUUCACAAUUGCAUGUAAACUCGAAUCACGUCGAGUGCCAAAUGUAAAUUCUCUAUUAGCUCUAUUCGAUUCUCGAUACCAUGUAACACCAAAUCAUCUUAAUCACGGGGAAAAACAACUAUUAACACAAUUGGAUUUUGAACUCGAAUAUCCAUUAGCGAUACAUUUCCUUUGUUAUUACCUUCGAUUCAUUCCAUUCCAUUUCGUUAUUUAUUCAUUAUCGAAAUAUAUGAUUGAAUGUGCGCUGUGUGAUGAAGUCUUGUCAGAAGAAAUGCCUGGAUCAUUGUUAGCAGCUGCAUCACUCUUAUUGUCAUUGAAAUUCACACGGCAAUUGGAUAAUUUACAGAUUACCAAACGUUUCUAUAAGCAUCAACCAUAUAAAAAUGAAGAAUUGGAGAAAUCCAUAGAGAAAAUCUUGAAACUUAUGCAACAAGUACCAAAAUCAUUGUAUCAUACAAAUGUACGAGAAAAAUAUAAACGAAGUGAAUUUGAUCGUGUUGCGACAUAUCAAUACAGUAAUGAUCUUGUUAUUUCAAUUUCGUGA